AUAAAGUAUCGUUGCAGUAAGUGUUUGUGAGUGCAGUGCUGUGAUGGAUGAGCUGGCAGAAUCUCAGCAGCAGCAGCAGCAGCGCGUAUAUCAGAUGAAAUGGUUUGGCCCUCGGGGUUACAGGAAGUUGUAGCAGCUGCCAUGUUUAGCUGCUUUGUUGUAGAUUUCUUGUAGGUUUCCUGCAGAUUUUUUUAAGUGUUGCAAUGGAGCCGAGCUGGAGUUCAUUUUUAUUUCAGCAGGCCAAUGAAGCCCUCCACCACCAGCAUCAGGUCUCGCAGAACAGCCUUCUGCCUCUGCUCAACUCUGAGCCGCUGGAUCAAAAGCCUGUUCUUCCCAUCCCACUCGACCAGAAGCCCCCAGUCAGUGCAGCUGACCUCCUCAAAGACAACAUGGGUGGCGGGACGGGCGGAGGAGGUGGCGGCGGUGGUCCGGUGGUUAUAAAGAAGGAGCCCAAGUCAAAGACUCCCUUCAUAUGCGGCUACUGUAACAAGGCCUUUCGGGACAGCUACCACCUCCGGCGGCACGAGUCCUGUCACACGGGCAUUAAGAUGGUGUCACGGCCCAAGAAGACCACCACAGCGCCCACCAUGGUGCCUCUCAUCUCCACUGUGCCACGCGACAACAACGGCAACCCCUCUUACGUCUCCACGAUGGCGGGCAUCCUCACCACGGCCACCACCUCCGCAUCCACGGCCACAGGCAUCAUGUCGGUCCUGCCUCAGCAGCAGCCAGCCGUGCCCAAAAAACCCCCCAAACCUGUGAAGAAGAAUCAUGGCUGCGAGAUGUGUGGCAAGGCCUUCCGUGACGUCUACCACCUCAACCGCCACAAGCUCUCGCACUCAGACGAGAAGCCCUUCGAAUGCCCCAUCUGUCACCAGCGCUUCAAGAGGAAGGACCGCAUGACCUACCACGUGCGCUCGCACGACGGCGGCGUGCACAAGCCGUAUAUCUGCUCCGUUUGUGGGAAAGGCUUCUCUCGGCCGGAUCAUCUUAGUUGUCAUGUCAAGCACGUACACUCCACAGAACGACCCUUUAAAUGCCAAGUAACGGCCUGCACGUCCGCCUUCGCCACCAAAGACCGUCUACGUUCACACAUGAUACGGCAUGAAGGCAAGGUAACCUGCAACAUUUGCGGAAAGAUGCUGAGUGCCGCCUACAUCACCAGCCACCUCAAGACCCACGGGCAGGCCGGCUUCACAUCCCCCUGUAACAAAGACUCUAACAAUGUGUGCAACUCUGCCUCAGUCACGUCAGUCACUGCUUCAUCCGCAUCCAACACUACGGCCAUGAACCGCGGCACCGCCAGCAACCCCAUCACCAUCGCCGCCCAGAUGAACAUCACCACCAACACGGUCAACAUCACCUCCCCCGUCAGCCUUCAGCACCCGGUCACCAUCACAGCUCCCGUCAACAUCGCCUCUGUCAACAUCCCAGCCACGGCGCCCAUGAACAUCGCCCAUCCCGUCGCGAUCACCUCGCCCAUGUCAAUGAACAUCACCGGUCCGCUCAACAUCGCCAUGAGGCCGAUGGAAAGCAUGCCUUUCCUCUCGCAGGUCCUGCCUUCCUCCCCGCCCUGGUAGAACCAAACGUCCCACGUCCCGGCCUCUCCUCGUAAACCUCAUGUCUCCCUGUUUUAGUCUUCCUCUCCAGCUGUAAGAGAAAAAAAAAAAGCCUGGAGGAAUGGCGAGUAUAUGAAAACGACAGUCCGCAGCGGCAAGGAAUCAUGCGGAAGUUAGCUGGCACUUUGCGUCUCCUUUGCUCGGCUGAGAGACAAGCAGAUCCAGAUUGUCUAGAAUUUAGUGACGGACAGAAAAAAUAGUUAUUGCAUGGAGUGGAAGACUGACAUGCUGUAUCUUUGGUGAUUUCACUUUUCUAGUGCCAGAAAAUCCUUGCCAGUCGACUGUUUGAAGCGGAGCACGUCGCCGCUUCACUGUUGGUGUUGGCGGUUUAAGGACUUUGGCAAAUAUUAACUGUGAGGAUUUUAUUUUUGUUACGUUAGCUUGCUUAUCAGUAUUUCAUAGUUUUAUGCAUUUUAAUGAGUCGCAUACAACAAAAGGGACAGUGGCUUCCAUUAAUGGAAGAUGAGAGGUUUUUUUAUUUUUGAGACAAUACUCUACAAAUGAGGAAAACUAAAAUUUAGAAUAUGUUUUUAAAAGGCCUCCUUUCAUUGCAAGCCUUUUAAUCUGUAGCUGUGUUUUUAUUUUUAUUAUAAUUAUUAUUAUUCUUUAUAGGUAAUCUUUAGAGUUGGUCAUUCCUGAUUGUAGAAUAAUUACGUUCUGUUUCAGUAGCUGGGAUAUUCUUCUGCUUAGUGGGGUUGAACAUUUACAGUAACAAUCUGAUGAACUCUUGCACUGAACACAUAUCUCUUUAGUGACUAUUCUGACGGCAGUAUUAUUUUAGAUCAAAUAUUUUGAGUGUUCAUAUAGAUGCCUGGUCACCAAGUGGCCGACUUCAACACUGAAAGGUCCAUUUUUAUUCUGAAUCUUAUCUUAAGAGCAUUUAGUUUUGUAACCGUGACGUCUCUGCUCUUCCUUUCUGAAGGACGAGGGCUGUUUUUCCUUAGGACCUUUUGCUCAGGAAAUAUGCUGAGGGUGUCCCAACUUACUCUGCUCCUGUAGUGUACAGAAUCACGCCUAACGCUUUCUUCCAGACCUAAUUUUCUUAUCAAUUAUCACACUAAACAUUGUUCCCUUUAUUGGCGAAAACUGAGACGCACCUCAGAGGUCGAGGUGCCAAAUGCUCUUUAGCUGUUGACGUGAUCAUCCAUCACAGGAGCAUUAAGUUAACCUCUGUUGCUUGUUUGUUUACCCCAGUCACAGUGAAAACCAAAACUGCCUUCAAAUUUUCAGGGUUUGUCAUCUUGUUCGGAGAAACCCUGUUCAAAAUAACAGAAUCGGCCAUCGCAAUUAUCCCCAAACUAGCUUUUCUCUUUGAUUUCCUCUCUCUGUGGGAUAUAUAAAAGCAAUAUGCCUUUCUAAGUCCUCCUUUUGACCCAGCCGGACAGCUGUUGUGCCCAUUUUAUGUGUUAUGAUAUGGGGAAACUGAUGCAAGGUAUGUUGUCACGUG